GGGACUGCCCAGCUUUUCCCGCCCUUCACUGGCCUCCGGAGAAGGGUCAGAGUUCACGCCCUUUUCUGGAGAUACCUGCUCCAAGCCGGGGAUGCGGGGACUAGUAGGUGGCGGAUGUCCUUCCGGUCCUGAAACUUAAGGGACAAAGGACAAACUCUAGGACUGUUAACUCCAAGAGCUGAGAGGCGGGAAGAGUUUGUGUGGGCGGGGUCAGGGGUGAAAGGUCAGAGGGGCUGCGAAGGGGCGGAGCGAGCCGGAGGCGGAUGGCGGCUGCGGCGGCUCAUCUGCUUUGGCGGUAGAGGCGCUGAAGCUGGGACGCGGGUCGGGCGUGUCCGGCGGUGGGAGGAGAGCGGCGGCCGCUCCCAACAUGCACAGUCUGGCGACGGCUGCGCCUGUGCCUACUGCACUGGCUCAGGUGGAUAGAGAAAAGAUCUAUCAAUGGAUCAAUGAGCUGUCCAGUCCUGAGACAAGGGAAAAUGCUUUGCUGGAGUUAAGUAAAAAGCGAGAAUCUGUUCCUGACCUUGCACCCAUGCUGUGGCAUUCAUUUGGUACUAUUGCAGCACUUUUACAGGAAAUUGUAAAUAUUUAUCCAUCUAUCAACCCACCCACCUUGACAGCACACCAAUCUAACAGAGUUUGCAACGCUCUGGCAUUAUUGCAAUGUGUAGCAUCACACCCAGAAACCAGGUCAGCAUUUCUUGCAGCACACAUCCCACUUUUUUUGUACCCCUUUUUGCACACUGUCAGCAAAACACGUCCCUUUGAGUAUCUUCGGCUAACCAGUCUUGGAGUUAUUGGGGCCCUGGUGAAAACAGAUGAGCAGGAAGUAAUCAACUUUUUACUGACAACAGAAAUUAUCCCUUUGUGUUUGCGCAUUAUGGAAUCUGGAAGUGAACUUUCUAAAACGGUUGCCACAUUUAUCCUCCAGAAGAUCCUCUUAGAUGACACUGGUUUGGCUUAUAUAUGUCAGACAUAUGAGCGUUUCUCCCAUGUUGCCAUGAUCUUGGGUAAGAUGGUCCUGCAGCUAUCCAAAGAGCCUUCCGCCCGUUUGUUGAAGCAUGUAGUAAGAUGUUACCUUCGACUCUCAGAUAAUCCCAGGGCACGUGAAGCACUCAGGCAGUGCCUCCCUGACCAGCUGAAGGACACGACCUUCGCCCAGGUGCUAAAAGAUGACACCACCACUAAACGCUGGCUUGCACAACUCGUGAAGAACCUGCAAGAGGGCCAGGUCACCGAUCCCCGGGGUAUCCCCCUGCCCCCUCAGUGAUCCUCCCCCGUCCCCUCCCACUACUCCCCCAAGUUGGGGAAGGGAGGGGAAACCUGCGAGGAAUACAGCUCAGGUUUUAUUGCUGACUGGGAAUAGACGACCUCAAUGCUGAACUGCACUGGAGAAAAGGGGCACGGUACCCCUGCUGAGGUGUAUGAGCUGCCAUCAGGCUGCCUUGAGGACCUGGGCUCCCUCUGCUACUCCCAGGAAACGGGCUCCUGACACAGUGUUCUGCCACCACAGCCAAGGAGGGUGUCAACACCAGCAAAUGCUGUAUUUGCAGCAUGCCCAAGAUGACCGUGCUCCCUCACCUCUACCCAGCCACUGGCAGGGAGGGGAGACAGUGGUGACAGCAGCAGCACUCUAGGCAUGGUGAACGCCUGGGACCAAGCCAUGUGGCGUUUUCUUAUUUUGCCUUCCCGGAAGACUCAAGAUGUGUCUCUUCAUCCUCUCUCUCAGUAUUUGUUUACUUUGGUUUUUUGUUUUUAAUCUCAGAGAGAGGUGUAUUUAGUGGACACAAGCUGUAAUAUUCAAAACUUUGUCAGUUGGUACUGUUUACAAGUCUGUUAGCUGCGUAAGCUCAAUAAAAAGUUGGUCUGGGCAUUACAUCCCCUCUAGCAGGCCAAUAGCUGCAUGAGCGGUUGGGAGGAAUGGGAGGCAGGGGAAGGAUAUAAAGCCAAAGGACAGCAGGAACCCACCGCCUGUUUCCCUUCCCUUUCCCAUUCUUUUACCCCUAGUUCUGGAUGCCAUAAGGACCUUAACCUUGCUUUUGGCUUUAGCUGCUAGCGUUUCCAAAUCUCCGUGCUUUUCCCUUCUUCACUUCCCUCCUAUUAAACUUAAAACAGACGUCUUAAUUCAUCAGGCUGUCCUGGAAGGGUAUUGUAUUGGGGGAGGAGAGGAGAUGGUGGACGUCACCUUCAAUUCAAGUCCUCAAAGAUAUUUUCUAGAUGACUUUUAAAAGGGAGGUGUCUGUGCUUAAGAUGAUAGGCUACUUGAUCCUAUUCUUUGCCCUAGUGUGAAUCUACAGUUCCAUCUGUCUUGAUGAUUGUACUUGAAGCAGUAUUAGCUGAAUGAGUUAAUUUUAUUCAGAUUUAAGAUAGAGGGCUGGACUCUGCUUGCUCACUUAUUCCGUCUUUUUUUUUUUUUUUGACACAUUCCCUUUUGGUCUCUGGGAAUUACAGGGUUGCCACUAAAAUAUUUUACACUUUUUCAUAUUGUGUCAGAGAAUCCCCCUUCCUCCUCUGGAGCUUUAGGUGACUCUAUUCACAAUCCAGAGGCUUGAAUCUGCAGUGUAAACUGCCUUGCUUUCCCCCAAUCCUUCCCCCUGCCAUCACCUGCUUUCUCUCUCUCUGAUCCCCAUCUCCAGUCAAAGAUGGGAUUAUUAACCCAAAUAGAGAGAGACCAAGUAUUUUUGGUCCACAUCUCACACGAUUGAAGGUGUCCCUGAAUACGUUUGGGGAGGGUUUAUAAGGGGCAGGCUCAGAGAAACCUUUGCAGAGGCAGUUUUGCCAACCCAAGGACUCUUUCAAGCCGACUUUCACAAAGGGAGCCGGCUUGUUAGUUGGCUUCUGUCUCUUUAGAGCCAAGAAAGUAGUAAUUAAGUAGCCUAGAUGUAGGAAGGGUAGGAUAAGCACUUAUUCCCCUGCUUUCCAAAAUGAAGAGGAGAACCAGGCCAGCUCUCACUAAUCUCAAGCCUGAAGAGAAAAGGUCUUGGAGAAAGCAGAGAACAGCAUGGACUGGAUAAAUGUCUUGACUCCCUUCAGCCCAUAGUUUUGACCUGGAGAGUCCAGCUAGGGUAAUCCUGAUUUUUGCCAAUCGCCUUCCUGCUGAGCCAAAGUUUUCUCAUUCCCCCUCCUCUGGGGAAGCAGCUGAGGCCCAGGGCCUUGCUCCCUGAGAAAUUCUCUUCUCCAUCUUUCGGGGCAUUGGCCAUUGUACUGUGCCAAUAGUAUCUUAAUUCUUGUACCAUCUAUUCUCAGCUGGCCUUGGACCCCAUGUAGGAGUUGGGGGGAGGGGUGGAAAUGGGUAUUGUUCCUUGUAGUUGAUCCUGAUGUCGUGUGUGUAUAAAGAGGACCCCUCCCCCCACCCCACAUUUUCUGUGUUCCGUCCUUCUCACUCCCUCAACAAGAUUGAAAUAAAACAUGCUUCUGUUUUUGUAACAAUAA